GGUUCCAGCCUCGGCACUGCUGUGCAGGAGGAGAGCAGGAAGAGCACGAGUGCAGCAGGCAGACCUGGGGACACAGCGCAGCGCUGACUGGCUCCCCGUGUGUGUGAGUGCACUCCCAAUGGCAGGACGUCAAAGCAAAGGCACAGCGGUGGCUUGGAGACAACUUUCCUUGCAGCCCCGAGCAGCUCCGCCUGGGAGCCGGUGCGUGGCGAGCAGGGGCUGUCCUGGCUCCGCGGAGCACACACACGUCUGUGGCUGUUCCCCAGGAUCCGAACUGAGGAUACUGCUGGUGGGCAAGACGGGGAAUGGGAAGAGUGCAACAGGGAACACCAUCCUUGGAAGGAAUGCAUUUCUAUCUGAAUUAUCACCACACGCAGUAACAAGAUACUUCAGUGUAGUUGAGGGCAACUUUGCUGGAAGAUCAAUUGUUGUUGUCGAUACUCCUGGCCUUUUUGAUACAAGAGAAGCCAAUCUGAAAACAGCUGAAAAAAUUAAGAGUGGCCUGCGGGCCCUCUCUUCAGGGGUUCACGCCAUCAUCCUGGUGAUGCAGCUGAGCCGAAUCACUAAGGAAGAGCAGGAAGUCGCAGAAUGGCUGACCAAGAUUUUCCAUACUAAAGCAGACAAGUACACAAUCCUGUUAUUCACCCGAGCAGAACAGCUGGAGCAUCCAGAAAAAUUGAAUGAUUUCAUAGAAGGGAGCACACACCUGAAGGGCCUGGCAGCAAAGUGUGGAAAUCGGUACAUCGCUUUCAGCAACACAGCCACUGGAAAAGUGAGGGAUGGGCAGGUUGCAAAACUCAUCAACAUGAUUGAUGCCAUGGUAGAGGAGAAUCGCGGUGCUCCAUGUUACACGGCAAAAAUGCUGGAGGAAGACAAGCGGAGAUUCCGUGAAAAAUUUUGUACCAUCCUGUAGGCAGCAAGGGGUCGGUCCCAGAGCAGACAUCUCCUCUGUUGUGCUGCUCAAGCUGUCUCUAUGGGGCGAUGUGGGGCACAGUGCGUGGUGAUGGGACUGAAGGAUCUGUCAAUAAACACUGAUCCUUGCUGUCUGGAGGAGCA